AUGGCUGCAGCACACUCUCGGCGAGCGUCUCUCUCGCACAACAGCAACUACGAUCCAACACAACCAAGACCUGCCAAUAGCGGCUUGAGCCGCUCCAUCUCGACGCGAGCAAGACAGGCGCCCGUUCCAGCACCAGAGCCAGCCAUGGAAGAGGGAGGAAUCCCGCCGUUCGCUCCAGCUGCGCCGCCUGCGCCAGUAGCUCCAGAAGCUCCUCAAGUUCCCCAAGUUGCCCGAGCCCCUCCGGCCUCGUAUCGCAACGGCGCGGUUCCCCAGUAUGCGAACCCGCAAUAUCGAAGCGUUACGCGGUCCUUCUCUGCCAGGUCGAGGGAUCGACCCCAAGAAGCUGGGUUUCCGCCAGUGAGAAUUGAAUACGGCGAUGCUUAUGGGGUGCCAAACGAACAAAUCCAAUCUCAACGGCGUGCUGAACGCCCCAAGUCUAUAUCUAGACCAUUCCCUGUCGAUGCACCACCGCCACCUGCAGCCGACACCGCUCCUAUCGACUCGGCAGAAGGGCUGCAAUCAUCGUCUGGAACUCUUGCUCGACCAACAUCAGGGAGCCAAGCCUCUCCAGUUGGCGGGCCCAAUGCAGUCCGAUCUUCAAACCCGGAAUCCCGCAAACCGCGUGACGAUCAUCGAUCGCCCUUACAGCAGCUGGAAACAAGGCUUGUCGGGAUGAGCAAGGAAGAAAAGCGGGCACGGAUGGUGGAGGCAGAGAGCAAACUACGCGAACAGAUUGCUCGGCGGCAGAGCCAGCGUACAAGCUCCGGUACUCAGUCUGCUUCUCCCAAGACGGAGACCAGGAGCAUCCGUACUCCGGAUGGUCCAAGGGAGGGCAAUCCAAACACCCGGCAAAUGGGCAGCGAUGUUCCCCGUAGAAGUGCUACCAUCGACUCUCAGACUACUAGAGACAGCCAAGCCCAACAAUACGCGAGAAGACAGCCGGCUGUUGAUCGCGAGCUUGCCCCCGGCCAGAUUCAAUAUGCCGCAGUCCAACAAGCGAGAAAACCACAAUAUACAUCCAUUCAGGACACCCAGGGACGGCGGGGUCCCAUACAACCACCACAGAAUAUGCCACGCCAUGCCCGUACUGUCAGUGUAGGCGGCGCAGGGAACAGAGGUCCACCUGAGGAUGUAUUUGCUCCGAAUCAAAAUAUCCCUCCAAAUCAAAACACCGGAAGUUUCCCGUCAAGAGCCUCGGGAAUGUCAAGGUCCGGCAGCAACAAGGCGCAGCGAUUGCUAGGAUCCGAAUAUGCCCAACAACAACCUGCGACUCCUACUGGACCACAGGCAGCAGAGAAAGGACUCCUUGAUCGUGAGACGGGCAACGUACCCACCCACUUCGCCGGCGAAACUCUGAACCAGACGGUGAAAAACGAACAACCCGAACCGAGUGAGAGUUCAGAGAGCACUCCGACCUUGAAGAAGGGAGGGAAGCGAAAUACGGUUUCCUUUGACGUUCCACCUCCGACACCACCUCCUUUGAAUGAAUGGCGGCAAGCGCCUGUAGCAAGGCUAGGCCUUUCACACCGAGACUUUGAGCGUGUUGAUAUGGACAGGGGCAAAGCAUGGUGGGAACAGGACAAGAGUACGCGACGUCGACUAAGCCGUUCGCUCCCCAAUGACUACCGAAAGCCUAUUCCAAAAGUUAACGAUCGUAACCGAUUCAAUCCACCUCUCUUUUUGAAGUGUGGCCCAUUACUGCGCUAUCUUGGUAUCAGGCGAACGACCACCGAUGGCCCCGAAGGCCCAGUCGAGCAGGAAGUCUGGCGAGGCAGUGUCAUGAUUGUGACUACCGACUCUUUAUCGACUCUAGACACGCCGCCGACACUACGUCUGUUCUCCCAACCAAUGGAUCUUUUGCCGCCACCUCCUCGAGAGAUUGGAGAGGAGCACGGCUCGAAACUUGCUCCAGAAUACGUUGAUCCUACAGCCGGUCUGGUCAAAGUCGGUCGUGACGGGCGCACCUUGUACGUCAAGCCAGUCGAUCAUUUGGAAGAGGAGGUGGAUCUCUCCCAAGUCGAAAGCGAAGACGGGCUUUUUGAGACUUCUCCUAGUCCGAUCGACGACAGUGCCGAUGGCGUUGGAAGAGCGGUGCCAUCAAACAGACUUGGCUCCACUGAUGGGGAAAAGAACGGAUUCUACGAGGAAAUCCAGGGUUUCCGUCUAUAUUCUGAUCCAGCGAGAGACGUAACGUUCUGGCGGUUCAACAUCGAAGUCGAGUUGACUGACAAGCAAGAGCGAGUUGCCUAUCGCAUCAACGAGGGACCGGCAACUGGCUUCUGGGUACCGGCCAAGGGCCAGUCGAUGAACAUCAUGUUCCAUUCGUGCAACGGGUUUAGCAUGAACGUGGAUCACGACAAAUUCAGUGGCCCCGACCCUCUCUGGCGGGAUGUACUCAACGAACAUCAGACGCGCCCUUUCCAUGUGAUGCUUGGCGGUGGAGACCAGAUAUACUGCGACAAAGUCGUCCAGGAAUGCGACCUCUUUGAAGAAUGGACGCGAAUCAAGAACCCUCAUAGUAAGCACAAUGCUCCAUUCAGUGCUGCCUUGAAAGCCGAGCUGGAAACGUUCUACUUGAACCACUAUGCGUCGUGGUUCUCGCACGGCCUUUUUGGUCUUGCAAACUCUCAGAUACCCAUGGUGAAUAUCUGGGAUGACCACGAUAUCAUUGAUGGGUUUGGUUCGUAUCCGGACCAUUUUAUGAGAUCGCCAGUGUUUUCUGGCCUGGGAAAUGUGGCCUUCAAGUACUACAUGCUCUUCCAGCACCAGAGUGUACCGGACGAAACCGAAGCAGAUGAGCCUAGCUGGAUUCUAGGCGCGGCUCCGGGGCCGUAUAUCACCGAGAAAAGCCGGAGUAUGUUUUUGUCGUUUGGAAAGGGAGUUUCGUUCCUGGGCAUCGACUGUCGCACUGAGCGCAUGCGCGAGGAAAUUGUAAGCGAACAAACGUACGAUCACAUCUGGGACCGUUGUCAUCGGGAAAUCGUUAAAGGCGAGACCAAGCACUUGAUUGUGCUCUUGGGCGUGCCUAUUGCUUAUCCAAGACUGGUUUGGCUUGAAAAUAUCCUCACCAGUCGAGUGCUCGACCCGGUCAAGGCUCUCAGCAGGGCAGGAAUGUUCUCUGGGCUGGUCAACAAAUUCGACGGCAGCGUAGAGAUACUGGACGAUCUGGAUGAUCACUGGACAGCCAAGAAUCACAAGACGGAGCGCACCUGGCUGAUUGAAGAUCUCCAGGAUCUUGCUGCGGAGAAGUCGAUACGAGUUACAAUUCUGAGUGGCGACGUUCAUUUGGCAGCGAUUGGACAGUUCUAUUCAAACCCCAGCCUCAACCUGCCCAAAGAUAAAGAUUAUCGCUACAUGCCUAAUGUUAUCUCUUCUGCUAUUGUCAAUGCGCCGCCGCCAGAGCUUAUGGCGGAUGUUCUCAACAAACGCAACAAGGUGCACCACAUGGACUCGAAUACGGACGAAGAUAUGAUCCCGAUUUUCACGCACGAUGUAGACGGCAAGAAUAGGAACAAUAAGCGCCUUCUCCCGCGGCGGAACUGGUGUUCUAUUCGGCAGUACCAUCCUGGAACAACACCUCCACCCACACCGCCAGACUCGCCAGAUCUUCCUGCAGAGGACAUUCAAAUUGGCAAGUUGAAGCGCACGCUGUCUCUAGGAAGAGGCGAUGGCCAAAACCCGCGCGGAGGAUUGUUCAGACGCUUGUCGCUACGAGGCCCACCACCUACGAAAGAAUUCAACCUGGAUGGCGCGCAGAAUCAGCAGCGGCGGCGGUUCAGCACAGAUGCAGCAAGUCGGCCGUCACCAGAAGCUACCAACGAGCCGCGACCUGGUGUUUUCCAUCGACGGCCCACGAAUUUGUCUACCAAGGCGGCCAAAAAGGCAGAAGUCGAGGGCGAUGAUGGACCGUUUGUCAAUCUAGAAGGUGGGCUCGAUAUCACACUCAACAUGGAAGUCAGCCCGAAAGACCCAGCGGGCAUCACGACGCCGUACAAAUUACUUGUUCCAGCGCUGUGGUAUGACGGCGGCUUCGACCCAGAGCCGCACCGCAUCGUCAAGGGGUGGAAAAAGUGGCUGGGCCGGGGGAAGCAGAAGCCGGCCACCACUAACAACAAUGAUGCCGACGUUGAUGAUGAUGUCGAUCAUGUUGAUGAUGAGAAUGAGGAGAAUCAUGAUUAUGAAAACGAGGAUUACUCGGACAGUGAGAGUGAGCAGGCCGCGACUCAUGGCCAGUUAGCGCAGCCUUUUGAUGAGCCAGACGACUAUACCCCUCCGAAGAGGAAGAAGUGGCUGGGCCUUGUGUAG